UCUAACACCACAGAACUCCAUGGUGGAAGUCUUAACUUCUCAAGUGGUGACUCCUCUUACACCACAGGAGUCCACAGUGGAAAUUUCACCUUCUCAAGUGAUGACUCCUCUAACAACACAGGAGUCCAAAGUGCAAGUUUCACCUUAUGAAGUGGUGACUCCUCUAACACCACAGAACUCCAUGGUGGAAGUCUUAACUUCUCAAGUGGUGACUCCUCUAACACCACAGGAGUCCACAGUGGUGACUCCUCUAACACCACAGGAGUCCAAAGUGGAAGUUUCACCUUAUGAAGUGGUGACUCCUCUAACACCACAGGAGUCCAUAGUGGAUGUUUCACCUUAUCAAGUGGUGACUCCUCUAAUGCCACAGGAGUCCACAGUGGUGACUCCUCUAACACCACUGGAGUCCACAGUGAUGACUCCUCUAACACCACAGGAGUCCACAGUGGUGACUCCUCUAACAACACAGGAGUCCAAAGUGCAAGUUUCACCUUAUGAAGUGGUGACUCCUCUAACACCACAGAACUCCAUGGUGGAAGUCUUAACUUCUCAAGUGGUGACUCCUCUAACACCACAGGAGUCCACAGUGGUGACUCCUCUAACACCACAGGAGUCCAAAGUGGAAGUUUCACCUUAUGAAGUGGUGACUCCUCUAACACCACAGGAGUCCAUAGUGGAUGUUUCACCUUAUCAAGUGGUGACUCCUCUAAUGCCACAGGAGUCCACAGUGGUGACUCCUCUAACACCACUGGAGUCCACAGUGAUGACUCCUCUAACACCACAGGAGUCCACAGUGGAUGUUUCACCUUAUCAAGUGGUGACUUCUCUAACACCACAGGAGUCCACAGUGGUGACUUCUCUAACACCACAGGAGUCCACAGUGGAAGUUUCACCUUAUCAAGUGGUGACUUCUCUAACACCACAGGAGUCCACAGUGGAUGCUCUCACCCUAUCAAGUGGUGACUCCUCUAACACCACAAGAGUCCACAGGAUGACCACAGUGGUGACCUCUAACACCAGGGAGUCCACAGUGGUGACUCCUCUAACACCACAGGAGUCCACAGUGGUGACCUCUAACACCACAGGAGUCCACAGUGGUGACUCCUCUAACACCACAGGAGUCCACAGUGAUGAUUCCUCUAACACCACAGGAGUCUACAGUGGUGACUCCUCUAACACCACAGGAGUCCACAGUGGAAGUUUCACCUUAUCAAGUGGUGACUCCUCUAACACCACAGGAGUCCACAGUGAUGCUCUACCCAGGAAAUAG